CACCAUCUAUUUUGAAACAGAUCCAAGAUAUUCUAACCAAUCCUAAAUAUGCUUCAACCAAUUCAAUCAGCAAAAUGGAGUUGGCGGCCUCUGUGGCUAAAUGUCGAGUCCGUUGUCGAUAUGAUGUAGAGAGUUGUAAAGCUGAAUCAGGGAAAGUUUAUCAUUAGGGCAUGUACUUUAUUGACAACAUACUACAAGGUGCAGGUGUUUCAGUUUCCAAAAAAACUGCUAAGUCAUUGUGUUAUAAUAUGGUGGUUGAACGACUGACCACCAUGAAUGUUGAACAUGGCAACAUCUUAGAUGGUGUCGAAAAGUCUGUCAUAACAGAAGCAGAAGCACAGGUUCAGAGCACUUUGGUAAAGGCAGCACCAAAUCCUAGGGCAUUUGAUCUCCGUGAACAGUUUGUCAAAAUGAACGAACUUAGCAGUGCCACGCAUCCUGCAUCCAUCAUUACUGUCUUGGAUGGAAUUUUCAACGAUGUAAAAUUGACGCCCAUUUGUCUGUACCGUCGUAGCAUGAACACAGAAAUAGAAAAGGAGAAAAUUUUCUGUAACCUCUAUCUAGCUGGUCAUCUCAUCAUGAUUGGUGAAGCAGAGAACCGAACAGAUGCCCAAGCAGACGCUUACUCUAAAGCCCGAGAGGUUUUGACGAACUGUGACCCCGAGUUCAUCCUCCCCCAACACAGUAAACUUCAACCACACGACCAAGCAGCAACAGAUGUUAUCGACUUUCGUGUCAAGGGCAACUGCAUUUUGGAAGAUAACUGUUCGAAUCUUCAUCGCUUACAAUGGACCCGAAAACCUAUAUCAACACUACCAGCCAAGGAUAUCGUUGUCUUUGAGGACGUCAGUUGGAUAGUAGAUCGUAAAGUUCAAGGUUUCUAUAUUUUACAACAUUCAUGUUUUGUCAACAAUAUGUUGUUGGAAUGGGAGUUUUUUGACAAUGAUGAUCGUGUAUUCAGAUGUCAGAUGAAGAUACAGAAGGAAGAUGUUGGAACCGAACCUGCAGUGUCUCUUAGUAAGAUAGGCUCUAGAAAUUUUGCAGCAGCUGAUAUCUUGUUUAAGCUCUACGAAACACAACCAGUCAUAGAGAAUUGGUAUAUCAGAUGGUUGGAGAUGUUGUUGAUAUAGGGAUGCAUUCUGUUGGACCAUAUGAUCCAGAGAUAGUGUUGGACAUUUAUAUAAAUUAUGUCAAACUUUUUCAAAAUUUAUAUGAGGAAAUGAGUCAUGGGAUGGUUUACGAACACCAACAUGGUGGAUUUCGGUUUUAUCUUAAUUUAGUUGAGAGCUAUAUACGGAGCCAACAUUUAUACGAAAAUGGGUACAGAAAAUCUGCAGACGCCUGCAAGAAUCGCAUAAAGAAUAUGAAGCAUUCUUAUAAAAAAAAUAAAGGACCACAACAAUAAAAGUGGGAGUGGCAAGAAAACUAGCAAGUUUUUUGACGCUAUGGAUAAAAUAUUAGGAACCAGACCCGCUACCCGUCCAACACAUAUUCUGGAGACAAGUAUUAAUUCAG